CCUUUACGUUAUACUACAUUACACAGGAAGGGGAAAGACGGAACGCCCUCCUCUCUUAUUCCGUGAAUAACGGGACGGAGUUUUUUAUUCAGGGGGGCAGCGUAGACAAUAGCGCUGUUACCGAGACUAGUCUAUAAAGUGUUACCGGACACCGGGAACUGCUCUGGAAAAGAAGAAAACUGGUUAACGGUGGCACUAUUUUCUUUGUACAAGCGGGGAAAGAGUUGAAGCUGUAAUUAUGGAUGAUUUGGCAGGGCCUGAGAGCUACCCACUCAGUCCUCGUGUUGUUGUGUUUGAUGCUCUCUUAGCUGACCUGGAGAGCACCACUUCACCCGUAUCUCGGGGUCCUGUCUUGUUGACCUCUGAACCCCAAGUGAUCUCUGACGGAGCCUCCACGGGCUCCCGAGACUCCGGCCAGGACCGCCCCCCUCCCCCGGCCUACACCCCCCAGCAGACGGUCUCGGCGGCCAUGAAGACUGGAGAUCCCCAAAACAACACCCCCGACAAGCUCUACAGCACAGUGUGUAAGAAUCGGGCGCCCCGUGUGGCCGAUCCCCCCCCGGCCUUCUCCUCGUCCCUGCUGGGUGGGGGUCUCAGUGAGCUGGACCACCUGCUGCAGGAGCUCAACGCCACGCAGUUCAACAUCACCGAUGAGAUCCUGGCCCAGUUCCCCAGCACUAAGAAAGAAGAGAAGGAGAAGAUAGAGAAGAUAUCUCCCAGCUCAGGGAAGCCCUCCGCCACCUCAGCUACUCUUGAGUUGGACAAACUGAUGGCUUCUCUCUCCGACUUCAGAGUCCAUAGCACCCCGGUCAUACCUGUCACUCAAGCUGUGGCAGUGCCUCAGCAGCCAGCCCCGCCCCCACAGGCCUCGUCUGGCGGCUCAUUGGACAGCAUGCUGGGGCUCCUCCAGUCAGACCUGACCAGACAGGGGGUCCAGACCUCCUCCAAGGGAAACUGCUGCGCCUGUCAGAAGCCUGUAGUGGGACAGGUGGUGACUGCGCUGGGGAAGGUGUGGCACCCUGAACACUUUGUGUGCAGCGAGUGCGAGGCUGAGCUCGGCAGCAGGAACUUCUUUGAGAAGGACGGCCGUCCAUACUGCGAAUCGGACUACUUCACGCUGUUCUCCCCCCACUGCGCCCACUGCAGCAAGCCCAUCCUCAACAAAAUGGUGACGGCGUUGGAUAAAAACUGGCACCCGGAAUGUUUCUGCUGUGUCAAAUGUAGCAGAGCCUUCGGAGAUGAAGGUUUCCAUGACCGCGAGGGCCAGCAGUAUUGCCAGCAAUGCUUUUUGAACCUCUUCGCCUCCCGUUGUCAAGGCUGCACUCAACCAAUACUGGAGAACUACAUCUCAGCUCUGAAUUCCCUCUGGCAUCCGCAGUGCUUCGUCUGUCGGGAGUGCUACAGCCCCUUCGUGAACGGGAGUUUCUUCGAGCACGAGGGCCAGCCGCUGUGCGAGGCCCACUACCACCAGAGCCGGGGCAGCCUCUGCCAGGCCUGCCAGCAGCCCAUCCUGGGUCGCUGCGUCACCGCCAUGGGGGCCAAGUUCCACCCCCACCACCUGGUCUGCCACUUCUGCCUCAAGCCCCUGAGCAAGGGCUGCUUCAAGGAGCAGGAGAACAAGCCCUACUGCCACCCCUGCUUCAUCAAGCUCUUCGGAUGAGAAGGAGGUGGAGGAGGGGGAGGAAAGGAGGAGGGGAGAGGCGGCAGACGACCUCGCUGUCGGUCCCCUCGUCUGUCAUUCGGUCUGCAUUCUGUGCGCCAUUAGUCUGAUUGAGAAACAGACUUACUGUCAUUAUGGUAGUCUUUCUGUUUGUCAUGCAGGACAGGGGCCUGUGGCGUGUUCGUCCAUGGACUGCCGGAUACCGGGAUGUUGACACCAGGCACCGAUGCUGAUACUGGCAGUCCGACACAUCAGGCUGGAAGAUUACUUUUGUACCAGAGAAUUUCCCCAAAUACCCAGAUCCACCUCAUACAAUGUAAACUGUUUUCUAUUGAGAUAAAAUGACCAUUUCUUCUAUCCAGGGUGAACGUCUCAAGACUGGUUCUGGUCUUGGUCAUAAAGUGGUGUCGGUGCUUCCCUUAAAUGCUUUUAAUUGAUGAGCGAUUGAAGUUUCUAAUUGUUGGAUGUAAUUUGUUUACAUUUUGUACAUAAUCAAAUUUAAUAUUGACCAUGGAGCUAUCUUGCAUAAAAGGGUCAUAUGAACCCUGAAAAGUGAAAUAUAAGAUCUUAAUUGAGAGUUUAAAAUUAUUGUUUAAAUGAAAGAGACUUCCUAUACUAUUUCCACUUUACAUUAUCAAUAGUAUUAUAUUGUCACCGCUACGGCUUUUAUAAAUGACGUCUACCGCUUAAACCACUUUUAUGUACUCGCUACGAUGAUGUGCCAAAGCUGUUUUAUGGUGUUAUUUUGUCACUUUUUUCUAUGCAUUUUUAUUAUACCAAAGAAUAAACCGAUUCCACAAAA